AUGUCAUUCAGUAAGUACGUUCACCAAUCGGGCCGAGUACCUGUACGACUGCGCCAGGCUCACAACCUCCUGGCGGCGGCCAGGUUUGUUAGGCUGCUGUCACCAAGCGAUGUGCGGCCGGUAUCAGAGCGUCAGGAAAUCCAGACUCGCGUCGCGCCGCAGCGAUGGAGCUCUGGGUUUGGACCUGGGGGGGCAAUGCGUCCCUGCCGCGUUGCAGUCUGCUGUAGCGGCCACCAUGGCUGUAGCAACCUCAAACUCCGGAACGCCAGGCUCCGCAACGCUACGGCCGCAGCCGUCACGGUGUCCGAUACAGCUACUGGUCGGGAAGCACACGUCAACGCAUGUCUAGAUGGGGCGGCUGGGAGGGCGGUGGCAGGGGCAUCACCCGCGGGAGGACGACAAGGCGGAGGACACGGCGGCGAUGCGGGUGGUGGUGGCACGGCGGCGGCAGCAUUGGCUGCCGCGGCUAUGGCUCGCAAGACCGAUUUGAGACCGCGGGGGAUGUUUCCGGAUGGUGCCCCGCUGUGCCCUGGCGGUCAAGGCGGCCGUGGGGCGGUAGGGAUAGCACCCCCAGAAGCGGUGGUGGACUUGGGGCCACGAGGCCAGCGAGGUGAAAAUGGUGAUGGUGGUGGUGGUGGUACCGGUGGUAUUGGUGGCAAGGCGGAGGGGCCCGGCUGUGGUGGAACUGGCUGGAGGCUGGAGAGCACGGCGCCAGCAGUGGAGGUUGAGUUGCUGGAGAGCGACGAAGAGGAUGAACUGGAAGAGAAGAGGGAGCUGACGCCAUCUGUAGGUGCCGCAGCAGCGGCACAUGCGGUGGAGGGGAUGCCUGGUUUGAAGGGGCAUGUGGGGAGCGCAUGGACCCCGGGGACAGGCGGCGGCGGUGAGAUUGCCGGAGUGGCGGCGGCCGGGGAGCAAGGGAAUGCGACAGCAGGGCGAUCCGGCGGCGGCGGUGGCGGCGGCGAGAUGGCCGUCGUCCUCGGGGUAGAGACGGAAGCGGAGGUGGGCCCUAUGGAUGAGGACGUUUCGGCCGCGGCGGUGGCGGCGACAGCUCAUGACGAGAACCAAGAUGGAGAUGACAGGUGGCCAUUGCUAACGCAGGUGCCCCCGGAGAUGGCAUUGCCGUACCACGGUCAUGGAGCGGCGCGUCUCCGUACAGGCGGCGUGUCUCAGUACGCGGAGGGCCACAGCACUGGCUGCUGCCCGGCACAGAAAGCGGCGGACUGCGGCGGGCGGCAGGCGCGAGCUGAAGGAGGUCCGGAUGGUGGCAGACGUUCGUGGGUGUGGGAGGCAGCCGCCGCCGCCACCCUGGAUGCCCCCGGCCUCGGGUCCGUGCCGGAGACGGAGCUGGGUGACAACGGUGGUUGUGAUGGCGAUUGUGAUGAUGGUGGCGGCGCUGGUGGUGGCGGCUACGCACAACAGGAUGACGCUCUGGCGGAGUUUGCCGCGUGCUUUGGCGAGGAUGUCGAUGCUGAGGGUUGGGGGGAUGGCCAUAUCCAUGAUGGUGAUGAUGCUGGUGAUGGUGAUGGGCAGCUGCCUCCGCAGGGGGGUGAGGACGAGCUGGAGGUCGACGGCGAUGAUUUUGUGGCCGCGUGGUUGUGUCGCCACGGGCUGCAGAGGUGGCUGCCCCGCUUCCGGGAUGGUGAGGUUGAUGAAGCGGUGGUUCCGGAGCUCAAUGACACCGAUCUGCAGGGACUAGGCAUUGACUCGCCUCGCGCACGAGCGGCGAUCCUCGUCGCCGCCCGGGACUUCGUUGUCGCGUCGGGGCCGGCAGCGCCCAUAGACCCACCGCAAGCCGUCGGCGCAGUCGACCCAUCCGCAGCGCCGGGGCCGCCAGCUGGGGCUGGGGCUGCCCCCCUGCCCCGCGGAGGCCCUGCACCGCCGCCACCAGGACACCGGAUGCUGGGGCCCCAGCCGCGCCAGCUCUUAAUCCCCCCGGCAGCUGGUGCUGGUGCAGCCGGUGGCGGAUGGGGCCCCGCUGGCAAUGCACAGCUGCAACAAGGGGCUGGAGGGAUUGCACCGCGGCCGCGGCCGGCGGUUGGGCCUGGACAGCCUUUCGCGGCCAUGUUCCUCGCCCGUCCCGCGGGACCUGUCCGCAUCACCAGCUUCUUCCGAGCGCCUGGUGCCGCGGGCGACCCGGGAGGCGGCGUCGGGACCCCGCCUGGGGGGCCGGGAGCAGCAGUACCAACAGCAGCAGUAGCGAGGGGCACCGGCUGGGGCGGCCGCGCUGCAGGGCAACAGCAACAACAACCACAACAACGUCAUCAUUCCGCAGUCGUCCUUGCGGGGGGACAGGUGUCGCUUCCACGGGAGCAGCCGCUGCCGCCGCCGCAACAGCAGCAGCAGCCGGUCUUGGCGGCCGGCGGCGCCAGGCCCUCUGGCCGGCUACCCCGUUGGGUCCCCGAAUGCCAUACCCUUCCCGGAACGCGUAUACUGGUGGACUUCUUCGGGCCGUCCAGUAAAUCCAUAACUGCCGCCGUGUCACCUUUCCGCAUCCUAACCCACUUCCAUGCAGAUCACUACAAGGCCCCCAAAGAAAAACCCAGGUUGCACAACGUGCAGCACUCCGCAAUCCGCACGGAAAUCACUGUUUUCCGGAAACCCUCCCCACACCGUAUCCCCUAUCUGAAGGGCCUUACGCGCAGCUUUGCCGGCGGCACGGUUCUCGCCUCGCCCGUCACUGCCCGGCUGGUUUCGGAGCGUCUGAAGCUGCCCGCCGCCCGUCUGAGGACCCUGCCCAUGGACACUCCCGUGGAGGUGGACGGUGUAUGCCUGACUCUGGUAGACGCCAACCACUGCCCGGGUGCCGCCAUGGUGGUGGCUCAGCCCCCGGGGGGUUGGCCCCCCGUGCUGCACACAGGGGACUGCCGACUGGGGGACCACAUGCGCAACCAUCCCGCAAUGCAGUUGCUUGUGGGCCGGCGCUGCACACUGGUGCUGGACACCACGUACUGCGACCCGCAGUACGAGUUUCCCCCGCAGCGGGCCGUACUGGAUGCAGUGUUGGAGGCUGUGAAGGCGGAGAGCUUCAAUAAGAGGGCGCUGUUCGUGUUCGGCACGUACACCAUUGGCAAGGAGCGGUUGUUUCUGGAGGUGGCGGCGGCAAUGGGGCAGAAGGUGUACUGCAGCAAGGAAAAGGCCGCCACUCUGGCGGCGUGUGGUCUGGCCCCCCGGUAUGCCUCCCUCAUAACCACCAACCACCUGGAGGCCAACAUCCACGCGCAGUACCGGGGGCGGUACAGCGCCGUCAUAGGCUUCUCGGGAUCUACAGCAGGGCCCAUCCAACCGGAUGGAACCACACGGGAGGUGCACGAGGAGGAGGAGGGGGAGGAGGUGCCAGCGGCGGUAGAGGGCGAGGCGGUGUCGGCAGGGGGCGGGGUGCUGGCGGCAGGGGCUCUUCCUCGGUGCUAUCCCGGCAGCAGCAGAGCGCCGCUAUCGGGCGGCGGAUGGCCCGUGGGACCGCUGUGCUGUACCAGGUGGGGGCCGGUGCUGCUGUUGCGCGGCUUCCAGCCCACCUUCCCCAAGUACCGGGAGCCGGUGCCGUACAGCGAGCACAGCAGCUUUGGUGAGCUGCGUUCCUUUGUGUCGUGGCUGCAACCGGGGCGCAUCGUGCCCUCCGUCAAUGCGGACGGACCCGCGGGUCCCAGGACGCGCCGCAUGUUGCAGCUGCUGCUGGGCACCGCCGAGGAGCAGGCACCGACGGGGGCGGCCGCGGCGGCGGCGGCGGCGGCUGGCGGUAGCUCCGGAGCGUCCGGAGCUCGUCGGGACAUCCGGAGCUUCAUGAAGGGUUCCGGAGCGACGUAG